UUCCCCCAGCCGAUCCUAAAAUCGUACAGCGUGAAAUGGUGCGCCCUCUACUCCCGCCUCUGUGCGCACAUGUCGGAGCACCUGAGCGGCCGGCCGAACUUGGUGUGCCGGGAGCUCUGCACCAGGAUCCAGAAGGUGUUCGCGCACGUGGAGUUCCGGUGGAGCCCGAAGGCGCUGGAGGUGCUGGCGGGGUUGGUGAAGCACCUCACGGAGACGCUGGAGCUGGACGAGAUCCGGCCGGGGUUUCCGUCGUCGUCGACGAGUGAUCACGACGACCGGGACGGGUGCCUGAGCGCGUUGACGAAAGACCACGCGGACGCGGGCGGGACGCUCGGGGACGCGUGCCAGCUGGCGUGCAUCAUCAAGGCGCUGCUGGUGCGUGUGCGGGACGUGUGCAAGUGGAGCGACACGCCGCACCUGUCGCUGGCCGCCCUCUCGCUCCUGGACGCCCUGAGGAUCCUGUUCGGGGCGGGGCCGUCGGAGGACGCGCUGGCGGGGCUGUUUCGGACGUUCGGGGCGGAGAUGGGCUUCUUGCUCCUGGAUGACAUGUGGAAGCGGUUCGGGCGGAUGAACGAGCAGGGCAAGUUGGAGCUGCUGUGGGACACGGUGGAGAACGACGUCCAAAACCUGAUCCACCAGCCGAUCCCGUUCGGGCUGCGGAAGGAGCUGGUCGCGUUCCUCUCGGACGCGUCGCAGUGCGUGAUCAAGAGCGUGGCGGAGCGGGCCGACGAGAUCCUGCACGCGUCGCCCGACAACCGGUACCUCCUGUCGUGCGCGUCGGCCUCGCCUCCCCUGCCGCCGACGCGGAAGACUCUGGGAGAGAAGCAGGCGCAGUCGCAGCCCCGAUCCGCCUCCAAGUCCCGACCGAGGCUCGUCUGGAACUACCGGAAGAGGAGGCGGUCGAAGAAGGGCUCGGCGAAGGAAGAGAAGUCCCCGUCCCCCAAGGAGGAGGAACCUCCAUUCGGCGCCGAGUGCGUGGAGAGCAUGAGCCUGCCCCUCCAGCCCAGUCGGGUCAACGUCGCGCCCGAGCAGCUGCAGCACCAACGGAAGAGAUUCCUCAGCCGGUACAUGGAGGAGACGAGGAACGAGGAGGAGAACGUCCCCUCCAAGAUUCAGAUUCUCUCGCCGCAUCCAUCUGGGCUGAGUCCUCAAAGUCACCAUGCAUCCAAGAAACACCGCAUCCUUUCGGCCUAUCAGAUGGAGAUGGAUAAUGUCCCAGGCAGUCCACCAUCUCUUGGUCAUUGGUAGACCCAACCCCAUGAUUUCCUCCAUUCACAUAUUUCGAAUCUGUUGAAGAAGAAAAAAAAAAACAAUUACUGUCAUACACAUUACAGGGUGAACGGAGAGACCGAGGGCGGAGUGACGAGCGGGGCAAUGUAAAUUCUGUGGUCUUCCAUGUCGUUUCGUUUCCUCUCUUCGUGCAUGAGCCCAUACUUCACUGGUGAUCAAACCCUUUGCGCUUCUAGUCUAGUAAAAAAAUUCCAGAGAUUUUUUGUUUUUGUGAUUGUAAUCACCCUGAUUCUUCUCUGCCUCAAGAUCUCC